AUGUUGCGAGUUGAAAUGAAGAUUACCAGAAACUUAACUGGUGGAAUGCCAACUCCAAUGCGCCUGAGGGAUCUGAUCCGUCAGAUCCGUGCAGCCCGUACUGCUGCAGAUGAAAGAGCAGUGGUACAGAAAGAGUGUGCGUACAUUCGGUCUACGUUUCGAGAAGAGGACAAUACUUGGCGGUGUCGUAAUGUUGCCAAACUCUUGUACAUACACAUGUUGGGAUACCCAGCACACUUUGGACAGUUGGAGUGCUUAAAACUUAUAGCAUCUUCAAGAUUUACAGACAAAAGAAUUGGGUAUUUGGGAGCAAUGAUUUUACUAGAUGAGCGUCAAGAUGUCCAUCUUUUAGUUACCAAUUCCUUAAAAAAUGACCUGAACAGCCAAACCCAAUUUGUUGUCGGUCUGGCUCUCGGAGCACUUGGAUCUAUUAGUUCCCCGGAGAUGAGUAGAGAUCUGGCUGGAGAAAUAGAAAGACUUCUUAAGUCAUCAAAUGCUUACACAAGGAAAAAGGCUGCCUUGUGUGCCUUCAGAAUCAUCAGAAAAGUACCAGAACUAAUGGAAAUGUUCAUUCCAGCCACACGGUCUUUACUUACUGAAAAAAACCAUGGGGUGUUAAUCACAGGGGUUAUUCUUAUUACUGAGAUGUGCUCCAGGAGUCCUGAUACCCUUCAACAUUUUAAAAAGCUUGUUCCGAACCUCGUAAGAAUAUUGAAGAACCUCAUAAUGGCUGGAUAUUCUCCAGAACACGAUGUGUCAGGUGUCAGUGAUCCUUUCCUUCAGGUUUGUUUAUUAUGUAACAUACUCUUUUUUUUUGAACAGGUGGCAACUAAUACAGAAACAAGUAAAAACGUUGGCAAUGCUAUCCUAUAUGAAACUGUGCUAUCUAUCAUGGAUAUCAAAUCGGAGAGUGGACUUAGGGUUUUAGGUGUGAAUAUCCUUGGUCGAUUUCUUCUGAAUACCGACAAGAAUAUCAGAUACGUUGCCCUAAAUACGCUGCUGCGUACUGUGAAUGCUGAUUACAAUGCUGUCCAACGACAUCGGAACACUAUAGUAGAGUGUCUUAAAGAUCCAGAUGUGUCUCUGAGAAGACGAGCCAUGGAGUUAUGCUUUGCCCUUAUAAAUGGAAACAAUAUCCGAACAAUGACUAAAGAACUUUUGACUUUCCUGGAAAAGGCUGAUCCAGAAUUCAAGUCCCAGUGUUCUUCAAAGUUAUUUAUCACUGCAGAAAUGUAUGCUCCCAGCAAGAGAUGGCAUAUGGACACCAUGAUCAAGGUUUUGACAAUUGCAGGGAACUAUGUUCCUGACGACGUUGUUGGGAACCUGAUUCAGAUGAUAUCAGAGACGACACCACUUCAUGCCUACACUACCCAGCAACUGUGGAACAACCUGACGGGGGAAUUGGCCACUCGUCAGCCCCUGGUGCAGGUUGCCAAUUGGUGUAUUGGUGAAUUUGGUGAUCUGCUGAACUCAUCUGACGGUGCUGAUGCUGAACCCGCCAACGUAAGUUUGUUUUUGUGUGAAAAAUCAUUUCUUUUUGUCUUGUGCUUAACUGGUGUUUACUUUUUUAGUGUGUUUUAUCCACUGAUUUAUCUUUUUUUUUUCCACAUUAGAAGGAUAAAAAAAUUGAUUGAUAUAUAUGGUGGGAACAUAAAUAUUGAAAUUCAGCAAAGAGCAGUGGAGUUUUCUGCACUCGUUACAAAACACAAUCAUCUGAGGCCUAGUCUUCUUGAGCGAAUGCCUGCUAUGGAAAGCAAAAAUCCCAGUGGUUCGGCCCUCCAGAAUGGUCAGGCUACGGAAGAUGAGUUAUUAGGGGACUCGACAAGUAAAGACGGCCCUCAUGAAUCUCUAACUUCCACAUCAGAUUCUUCGAUGUUUCUCGACUUACUAGGAGGUACAUCAGAUAUUCAGGCCACUUCUUCAGAAGUAAUCAAACCUACCGCUCCUUUAUCUGUUAGUUCAGACUUGUUAGACUUGUUAGGUGGUUUGGAUUCUUCCACACAAGUUGCUCCAUCCCCAGGAUGUGAUCCGUGUGUCCCAGAACUCAUAAUGGAUGGGUUGGUAACACCGGAAGAACAAAAGCAAACCAUUCCGUCUCUCACAGCAUUUGAAAAGAAUGGACUGAAGUUAGAUUUUUCAUUUGAAAAACCAGUCGACAAUCCUCAGAUGAUCAUCAUUUUAUUGUCAGCCACCAAUCAAACUCCCACGCCAAUGACAGAUUUCCUUUUUCAGGCUGCAGUUCCAAAAACAUUCCAACUGCAGCUGCUUCCACCUUCGGGUAAUGUGAUUCCUCCUUCUACAGAUAAAGGUGUGACACAAACUAUCAAAGUCAUUAAUCCAAAUAAGUCUCAGUUAAGGAUGAGAAUAAGAAUAUCGUAUAAUAUCAGUGGAUCGGCCGUUCAAGAACAGACUGAAGUGAACACCUUUCCAUCAGUGAUCUGGGAAUGAGUUGGUCAAGUACUUACUGAUGUCAAUAUUCAGAGGAAAAGGAAUGUAUUGAUAUUGAGGAGUCCAUUAUUACGUUGGGAAAACUGACUAACGUGAUCAGAACAUCUAAGUUGUAUGUUUUCCAUCAUAUACCAUUAAGAAAUAAACUCGUAUUAGCAGUAUGUGUUACUGCUGCCACUUCGUAUGACGUGGAUUUCUUCCCGUCGCCGGUCGUGACUGAUAAAAUGUUCUAACUUUCCUCAACAGUCAUAUUUUCAAACAAGAUAAGGAUAACCUUACGCCACAAGUGAACGUUUUCAUUAAACCUUUCAUCCGUCAGCUUAGUACCUCUCUAAACAAAAGUAAUAUUUAGUCUACCGGAAAGUGUGAAAGAAAUUGGGAGUUGAUCUCGUGACUAAACGCAUGUCAGAUUGCCAUAAGUUUAUUCGAAGUGUAACGUGUUGCCAUAUUUUGAUCUAAUUAAUGUAAGAUAAUAAAAUAAUUUAGUAAAGGACACGCUACUUUUAAAUGGUUAUUUUUUUUUUUAUUUAGGAUUUAUUGAUUUUGAUGUUGAUUGGUUAUUAAAGUUUUGUUCUAAGUGAUUUAAAAAUUAGAAAAUAAUAUGAAAAUUUUUUAAUUGGAGAAUUUUAUAUUAUUUAGUGAGCUAGUAUUUAAGAAAAAGGUAUAAAUAUUAAACGGUUUGCUAAUUUUUUUAUACCAUCAUUGUAUAAUACUGUAGCUGAUUCAAGUUUCCAGACUGUAGUCGUAGACUUUAUUUCCUCUUUAAUUAGAAAUCUUGUAUUAUAUUAGAUGAAGUAGAAGUUUAGGAAAUAGGAAUAAAAAAUUAAGUUUUUUUUUGUUCCCACCACCUUUUUUUUUCUCUUCCACAUAAUCUUGUAUUACUGUAUCCAAAAUUUAUUUUUCAGUUUUUGUUAUUAUACUUAAAAUUGUUAAACUUCAAAAUUUUAUCAACCACUAUCUUAAAUUGUUGCCCCCAAAAAAAUUAUUUCGGCUUCUUUGCCGUCUUAUGUUUGUCAUUUCCAAUUUGUAGAGAACUCUUUUCAUAGAUAAACAGAAUUAAGUUUAAUGUAAUGUAGGCCUCAACUAUCAUUCCUUCCAGCAAAUUGAUUAACGUAAGGAAGAGAAAUAUAAGGUAGAAUUUGUUUUAAAGAAAAUAUCUGCAUUAGGAAAUGGUCGAAACUGAUUAACUUAUUUCAGUCCUAAAGCCAUCAGUUGUUUUUUUUUCUGUAAUGAAAAAGGAUAAGUUAGAAUAGUGUGUCAUUUGUUUUUUAAGAGCUCGUUUAUUGUUAAACUGUAAGAAGAUUGUUGUUCGGCCCAGGUUUAUUUGGGGUUAAAGAUCCCCAAAAAUAAUUGAAUAGAGAAAGGAAAUAGGUUCUUCCAUGGACAAAGCAGGUUAUAUUAAAAGUGUUUAAAAUUUACUUGUAGUCUAUAGACGAAUAAAUGUAAAGUAUCUGAAAAAAUUAAAAUUUAUUAGUGGUGUGAGGAUUCAUUCAUUUAUUAGUGAGUUUUUAGUUUCAGGCUAGAAGCUUUCCUCUGUUAAAGGAUUCCGUUUACUGCUGUAGUGUGUUUUUGUCGUGAACAAGUCAGUAAAAUAAUUCUGUAGUGCUUAAAGUAUCGGGUGUCAUAACACAAAACUACAACUCAUUUUCUUUGGGAACUCGCCCGAAGUUCUUGGGUAAACUUUGAAAACAAUUUUCAAUCUUUUUUGGUACAGUAGCAGAAUAUAUUGGAAGUUUACCACUAUUAAAGUUUUCAUGUCUUAGUUAGACCAGCAUGAUGUAACUAUCAGUGUUUCAUUGGUCAGUCUUUCAUUUCUACUGACCACAAUUGAAUAUUUUGAUAUAAAUUUGUUUAUGUACAAAACAUAUGGUGCUUAUCUCUGUCUAGAGUCAAUGUAAACUAUUUCCUCAGUUAAACAUAUGAAAAAUCUGUGUCGGUCAUUUACCGAUAGACCUUCCAUUUAUUUACACUUUAUCUCACCAGUUAUCAACUACUGUUUAUCUUGUUUAUCUUUCAACUUUGUAGGCUUCUCGACAACUAAAAAAGUUUGUAUUUUAAGUAACACCCUAAUCUUACAAAUGCGAUAUGAAUAUUUUCACUCAUGGUUUACAACCAAGUGUUUUUAUUAGUCAGAGCAUCACCAUAAACAGUAUAACAGAAUGUCUGGUUGCAAACGUCAUGACUUACAUAUAGUGUUGUUAAUUGAAUUGUAUUGGUAGAAGAAGCUUGUUACAGUUUGAGAAUCUGACGAGGACAGGAUUAUGUUAUUACAUAUAAUGUUGUUAACUGAAUUGUAUUGGUAGAAGAAGCUUGUUACAGUUUUAGAUCUGACGAGGACAGGAUUAUGUUAUUACAUAUAGUGUUGUUAAUUAACAGGAUUGUUAUUUUUUGAAGUUUAGAUAAACAAUUAAUUUUAUAAACUUCACUAGAGUUAUUCAGCUUUCAUGCAUGAAGAAAAUAAAGCAUGUUAAAAAUGAUUGAAAUGUUA